CACUCUCUUCUAGCGCCACCGCUGCAUGUGAUUUUUUCCUUCGUGUUAGUAGUAGACAAGUACCACGAAGAUUCGAAGAAAGUCAGAACAAAUUUGAAGAAAACGCAAGUCGACUACAGUCAACAAACUUACUUCCCGCGUCUAGUCUUAUCUAGUAACACGUGGGUUAUUAGUUACAAUUGUAAAAAUGGAUGAAGAUUCUGACUUGAACGAUAUUCUGAAAAUCGAAAAUGCCCUUGGUGGUGCUGUUGGCAGUAGAGAAAAUGAAGAGUACUCUAUUCGCUGUGAAAGUGCUGAGGGUUAUUCCGCAAGUGAAGCAAGUAGCUAUCAGCAACAUCUGACCCCAAAUGUUGACAACUUAUUCUCAAUUUUCGAAGAGCUAACAUCUGACCCUGUUGAAGGAGACAGAAUAGUAAUUGAUGCAGAAUUAGAACCUAGCCUAGAAAAUGCUAUUUGUUUGAACAUGGCCUAUCAGUCCAUGCUAAAGGACCUUGCUCAGCAGUUGGAAGUUCUUCGUAAUGUCAACCUUCAUAAGCAGAAAAACUUGCGUGCAGAAAUUGAAAUUCUGAAAGCCAAACCAAACAAAAAAUCAGAUAAGCAGAAGAAAAAAAUUAUUCCAUUUUCAUUUUUUGGAAUGCCAUACUUUAAAGAUGCAGCAUACAACACUCCACCACCCAAUGAAGACACACAGUUAGCUCAAAAUUCUCUUGGGUUUCGAAACAUCAGCUUGUUACUAAUGAACAAGCAAAUUUCAAAGCAUGAAGCCAGAAGGAUUCGUAAAGCCUUAAAAGAACAAGCUAUUGCUAUUGAAUCUACUCGUCUUGUGGGUUUGAGAGAUGAACUACAAGAGCAGCUUAAUGAACAUUCCAUUUCUGAAGACGAAAAAAAAGAAAUCAAAAGUCAAAUCAAUGCACUUCAACGAAAGAUUUAUAACGUCCGAUUACUUCCCGAAGACAAACUUUUCGAUGUGCCCCCAUCAGCAUUCGAUUGGCACAAAAUAUCUAUUCAGAAUUUUGGCAGAUCGCGCACUCCGGAUCAACUAAGACUUCAUUGGAAGCAUUAUCUUCGUCCCGGAGUCAAUACCAGCUCAUGGACACAUAUCGAAAACAAAACGUUAAAGCAAUUAGUAAGCAAAUACGAGAAAGGAGUGGAUUGGAAUGAAGUGGCAGCAGAUAUGAAUAACGGACGCACACCCUUUGCCUGCUUCCGUCGCUACCAAGAAAAGUUUAACCUUGAAAACCGAAAGUUUGGGUGGUCUAAUGAAGAUAACAACUUGUUGCUCAGUCUGAUCAGCAGUUACAAAACACAAAACAUCAACGAUAUCCAUUGGGAGGAAAUCAGACAGAAUUUUCCAGGGAGAUCGAAAUCACAGAUUUACGCGCACUUCCGUUACCAUCUGUACUCGUUGGAUCCCAGCCCGUUUUCUGCUCAUGAGGAUACUGCCAUUUUGGAAGGCAUUAAGAUAGGUUACAGUUUGGCAGACAUCUCGUUGCUUCUUGGAAAGCGCAGCUUAAUCCAAAUUCGCAAUCGAUACAAAACACUUCAAAAGAAACCUCAACUGAACGAAAAGGAUUGGACCGAGGAAGAAGACAAAAAGCUGUUGGACAUGCCAGACGUCGGCCAAUUGCGGACUCAUUUUAUCCGGAAAAAUUAUCCCGGCCGCAGCUUUUCUCAGCUCUUCAGCAGAUAUCAUUAUUUGCGCAUGAAGUCUACAACUCCCAAGGAGUAUAUUGCUGAGCUAAAAGAUCAAAGACUGUACACGGAAACGCGUUAUCUGCCGAAAGAAAAUCGGAAGCUUGCAUCCCGGAUUGUGGACAUGAUGAGUCGCGAAGGUUAUAAUCAGGACGUCAGUGGUUCUUUGUUGAAGAAGCUCCCGAUGUUGAAGUCCAAUUUGCUCAAUGACUAUGAAGAAAGGAAUCGGAAAAAAAGAAACAAAUACUCCUUCAAGACUAAAAAUCAAAACAUCAGAGGCAAACGAGUGAUUCAGAAGAAGGAGAACGAACUAAAAGAGAUCCUGUGUUCAUAUUUGGCUCCGAAUACCAAACGUCCAAGGAAACUGUGUUUUCCGGGGGAUGGACGUGAACAUGGAAUUGUUUUUGCCUGCUUGUACCGUUUGUUGCAAUGCCAUUUCACACUUGCGCCGAACCCCAACGAUGUAAACGAAGACGAAUGCGAAGAACUUGGCAUUUCUUACGAAAACUACUUACCUUUCAUCGAACUAAUGAAUAUAGUCAAAGAUAUCCCUGUACCUGACAUCGCUUCGAGAACUGGACAGUUGCAUUGGCUCCCCCCUUCACUAGGAACAUUGGUUGGAUAUCGAGGACUCGAUCUUCACCGGGAUUACUUACAAUCAAGUGCGAGCCGUCCAUUUGUGGCGUCACAGAAUAAUGCUACAAUUACAGAACUGGAUGGAGAUGAUGAAACCAAUGCAUUGGAAGGUCCCAGCGGGCAAUCCGGAACGGUGCCAAACAGCGUGGAAGUCGAAGAACCGAUCGCAUUAGGAAGUAAUGAACAGGAAGAUGAAGAUGACAGUGAUGACGAGGAAAUAUCAUAUCCUCGCCGUAAACCAGAUGAAAUAACUUUUGGCGAUAAAAUCGCAGAUAGUCUGCUUCUAACGCGUUUGAUGACGCUCUACUUCUGGCCUGGAAUCAUGAGCUCCAUGUAUGUUCCAGACCUGUCAAAAGAGGAUCCAACACCGGAGGCGGCUGAAGUUCAUCCCAAAUCGCCACGCACGAAGCUGAAGAACAAAGCUCCGGGUAAAAAGCAAACAAAAGAGAAGAGGAAGAAGCACCUGCGCCAAGUAGCCUUAAAACGUUUCGGGAAAUGUAAGACCUUGAAUGAUUCCGCAAUUUCCAAAACAAGCGUGGAGGAAUUGAAUAGUACAGUGAGUUCAACCGGUGCGGAUGAGGAGAUCUCGGAAGCAGCAGCGAUUCCUUCAACAAGUGCUGGGCCUAGUGAAGCAGAGGAAGUGGUAGCUGCCACGCCACCUGCAAAGAGAGCCAAGACCAAGAGAAUUGUUCCAAAAAGCGAUCGAGUUACUCGUCGUUGUAAAAAGCUGUGUGAACAAAGCGAUGUUUGAUUGAAUUUUUCCAUGUAUUUGCAUCGAAGUUUGGCUCCUCUCAUAUAUCUCGAAAUAUUCAUGGUUUGCAGUCUUCAUGGUAAGGAUCCAAUGUUCUUAAGUCUCUCCAUGUUGGCGGCAAAAGGUUGUGAAGAUGAUGUCCGCACUUCUUGCAAGGACUUGUGAAAAGUGACUGAUAACUGUUGAACCAUGUCUGAUUGCAAGUUAAUCAAGAAAUGUUAAAAAUGCCAAAUGAAUCAGAAAUACAAAAGUCAUUAAUAAAAA